UUUCUCUUACCGCUAGAUGGCGCUCACGUAUACAUUUGUUAAUGUCAGAUCGCUUUACGUUGAUUUAAUCACCAAAACUCAAGAAACAGCACAAGGAAAUGAGGCAAUGUGUUGACUGGACUGGAAUAUGAUAAGCGAUAUCAUGUACUUUACUGUAUGUCCAAUAUAUAGAGUGUGUAAAAGGUUUUUUUCAGUUGUGUGAGUCUAUAUAUAAAUUGUGUGGAAUCUUUGCCGAAGUGUGAUCUCCUAACGUGCCCUUCCCUUCCCGGACACUGUCAGGUCUAUUGAUUUCCAAUGGGGGGAAAUCCUCUCGUGCGUUUGAGGAAGCCCAGUCCACUGGCAUUCAGCACAGGGGAAAGAGAGGGAGCCAGAGAGAGACUCGGAGAGAGGGUCAGAGGGAGGAGGAGAGAGAGGUAACCUGCACCUGCACGUGGAGGAAGGCGCUCUCUCUCUCUCUCUCUCUCUCUCUCUCUCGCUCUCUCUCGCUCUCCUCUUCCCGUUCACUCCUAAUAGGAUAAUUGAUAGACAGCCUAAAUAGUCAAUAACUCUGAACUGAGCGAGGUCGUCGGAAGCUCUGAGGAGAAACUUUCUCGGAGCGGCGCGUUUCAGCAGGAGUUUCACUGCCGGAGAUGCUCUGGAGCUGAGAGUUCAUCUCCAAAAUACUUUUCCGCAAUCAAGAAAUCCCACGCUGUACAGAUAUGGAUCAGGGCGCAGUGUGUGCCGGAUGCCACCGGCUGAUCAGAGACAGAUUCCUGCUCAGAGUCACCGGCGGCCUCUGGCACGAGGAGUGUGUGCGGUGCGCGGCGUGCGGGGACGCGCUCAGGAACUCCUGCUUUCUGCGGGACCGCAAACUUUACUGCAAGAGGGACUAUGCUGACCUCUUCGCCGUGGGCUGCGGCGGCUGCGCGGAGACCAUCUCCCCCGCGGAGCUGGUGAUGCGCGCAGGGGCCGCCGUCUUCCACCUGCGCUGCUUCACCUGCAGCGUUUGUUCGUGCCGCCUGCAGACCGGCGACCGCUGCGUCCUCAGGGACGGACGCUUGCUGUGCGACAGGGAAAACUAUCACCAGAGCCCGGCCGGCAGCUCCUCCGACACAGGUAAAAGUGAUGAUGAGGAGGAACAGGAGGUGGAAUCAGAGAGAGCGAAAGGCCGACAGAUUAGACCGGAGGAUGUGGAGAGCAAGCGUCCUAAAAGACCUCGCACUAUUCUGACCACUCAGCAGAGAAGGACCUUCAAAGCCUCAUUCGAAGUCUCAUCCAAGCCUUGUCGAAAGGUAAGGGAGACCUUGGCAGCAGAAACUGGUCUGAGUGUCCGGGUGGUGCAGGUCUGGUUCCAGAACCAAAGAGCCAAAAUGAAGAAACUGGCCAGACGACAGCAGCAGCAACAGGAGCAGCAGCAGCAGACUCAGGAACAGCGUGACCCCCCGUCGCACCACGCGGCGCCACCCUGUGGUGUAACGUCUGAGCUAGAGCAUCUGGGGUCUUCCUACUCCCACCUCCAGCAGCAGCAGCAGCAGCAAGUUGGGCUCACCACGCUGGAGCAGCAGGACUACGACACGGACCCCUUCAGACAGGGCCUGACCCCCCCUCAGAUGCCAGGGGAUCACAUGCACCCCUAUGGUUUGAAGGGCCUUUAUGACGACGUGGACAGAGAAGCGCAUUGUCUGGGGGCUGACGGCGUCUGCCUCUCGCUGAGGGACUCGUCGGUUCUCACCCCCAUCGACCGCCUCUACUCCAUGCAGGACUCCUACUUCACCUCCUGAGGGCGGAGGUGGAGCAGGGCUGCGUGUCUGAACCACCGGGGACGUGGGUACACUGUGACAGCGAUGCGCUCCUCCAUGUGAAAACGAUCACUACCUUCUGGGCUCCUUCCUGGGUAUGCAUGACGCUGCUGGACCUCUUCCACUACACUAUGUUUGAAUGUUGCAUCCACCGAUGUAAAUAGCUGUUUGUAUUUAUUCUCAAACGUGUGUAUGCUCAUCCAGAAUCAGGAUCAAUAAAUAAUG